UAUCUUACUUAGUGCUUCUUGCAAGUUUUACCAAAAUAAGAAAAUAGAUGAGGUUUUAGUUCUCACAAGUCUUUCCUUUAUUAUUUGUCAAUUUAUAUCGACUAUCCUCUCUGGUGGUUUCAGCUCAAUAAGGCAAGUGAUAAAAAUAGAAAAACAGAAAAAAGAAGAAAGAAAAGGUUUCCUCAUCUUUGUCUUUUUAGGGUUUCUGAUCCUUUGAGCCAAAAAAUUUCUUUUUUUUCCCCCUUCUUCUAUCUUCCAGAUCUGAUAACUCAAAAGGCAAUAUUUUCUUCAACUUCCUUGAAAUUUUUUAUUAUAUCUGAAAGUAAUUAAGACCCUUUAAUAGUUCACAAUAUCUUUAACUUUGACUUGAAGAAUCUUUUUUUUUUUUUUCCUAUAAAAAAGUUCUUCAUUCACCUGAGUUCUUUUAGAAGAAGAAGAAGUUGUUUAAAGGUUGAAAAAAAGAAAAAUACAAUUAAGAAGAAUGGUGAGAGGAAAAACUCAGCUAAAAAGAAUUGAAAAUACAACAAGCAGGCAAGUGACCUUCUCAAAAAGAAGAAGUGGGCUUCUCAAAAAAGCCUUUGAGCUUUCAGUUUUGUGUGAUGCUGAAGUUGCUCUUAUUGUUUUCUCUCCAAAAGGAAAGCUUUAUGAGUUCUCAAGUUCCAGUAUAAACAAGACAAUAGAGCGUUAUGUGAACAAUGACAAGAGUCUGGGACGAUUCAACAGAAAGAUACCCGAUCAACAAACUACUGAGCAUUUGAAAGAGGAGGUUUCAACCAUGACUAGAAAGCUCGAGCUUCUUGAAGACUCUAAAAGAAAGCUUUUAGGACAAGGUCUAGAAUCUUCCACCUUUGAUGAACUUCAACUGGUUGAAGAACAGUUGCACAGAAGUUUAAGCAACAUUAGGGCAAAAAAGAGCCAGUUGGUCAGAGAACAGAUUGCUCACCUGAAGGAGAAGGAAAAAUUCCUAAUGAAGGAAAAUGCAGACUUGAGGAAAAGGUGUGAGGUGCUACCAUUGACUUUGACAACAGUUCCUGGAGAAAAAGAAGGCAAUGAAAGACGAAUAAUGGAAGUAGAGACAGAGCUCUUCAUUGGACCUCCAGUACGAAAAAGAUCCCAUUAGUGAAAAUGUGUAAUUAAUUCAUAGAGUUAAAAUAAAAACAAAAUUAUUGUCCGUAUAGCUUAUUUUCUUACUA